UCAGCAGUGGCAGUGGCAGUCAGUGUUCCGUGGACCGCCAGUGGGAUCGGUCACGCACCUUUGCCUCUCGCCGCCGCCUGGCCACGCUCCCUCGCCGCCCUGCGCUCUGGCUGAGGGCAGCGUGCGGUGCCCGAAGGCGUGGUCUUGCAGGACCGAGGCUGCCGGAAUGAAGGACUAGCCAUCACUAAAGUCGUGCCACAAUAACUUGACUCUACAUAUCUAAGUGACACAUAUCAAGACACGCUUCAAUCUUCCCCCUCGUGCCUUCCUGCGCCUCCAGGUGUGCUCCCCUCGGGUGGGGUGACGCGGGGCUGUGAACGAUGGCUUCAUAUCGCCACGCAGCGGGACGGUGCUGGUGCAUUACGUUGGUGCGUCCUGUGGGAGGCAGAGGCGGAUCUCAUCGACGGACUUAAGAAAAGAAGAAAAGUUUAGCUUCUAGGAAAGAUGAUGAAUUUUGAGGGAGAACCAAGACUCGAGGUGUUGUUUGUUAAUGAGACUUCUGAUCUUUCGAAUAACAUUUUCUCUUUUUUCUUUUUACGAGGAAAUGAGGUUAUCUUUUUUCUGUUAUUAUUUUAGCCGUUUGCUACUUUCCUUUACAAACACAAAUAUAAAACAAUAACAUAUUAAGAACUGAAUGCCAUUUAAGACAAUUAACAUAGUAAAACAUUCAGGCAUGUGUUGUUAUAUAAAGGGUGGUUUUGAGUCACAACACUUGAAUCCACUUGAUGAAGUUGACAAAUCUCAGAAUGAACAGAGACAGUGUGGUCUUCCCUUAAAGAACUUCACACUAAACCAUUCUGGAUUCAAUUAACAAGUGGCGAACCUUCAUCAACCAAGGCGGCAGGCCGUGUUCACUAGAUGUGAGGAAUAGGAAACAAGUGGGUCCUCUCCUCUGCUCUAUUUGUACAAAACUCUAUACCUUCGGCUGACAGGUUACGCACGUCCAACGAAAACAGACUAUAACAUCGUUAUGGACAUAAGUACAGAAAGACUGAAACAAAAUAUUCAGCGACAGUAAAGGAGGAUGCGAAGUAGUUCAGGAAAAUGAAAUGAAGUUGACGUACACAGAAGUUAAGAAGACACAGAAACGAAAUUUAUAAAAGCAUAAUAACUAAGGCAUUCUAUUUUCGUCAUUAUAUGUUUUAUAUAUGGUUCUUAUCCUCAAGCAAUCUAGCGUCCAUUUCUAUCACUUUUAACAUGUUUAAGUUGUGAUUGACGUUUUCAAGUCUACUUUCAUAAUUCUAGAGAUACUUAAAGAUUAAUUUCGUUCCACCAAUGGGAAGAAAAUGAAAAUCCGACUUAUUUUUGUAGCCGUGAAAAAUAAGUGUUGAUCAGAGAGCCAAGUGUUAAUGUAAUGCACCUUGCAGUGACUUCAGCACGAGGACACACACACACCGUUGGUGGUGAAGACGUAGGCAAUCAACACAGCAGCGGGCACCCAUUCCCGCCUGGCCCUCGUGUCUGCACUCUCACUCAGAUUAAUCAUGAGAGAAAACGGCACGAGUAACCACCAGCGGCCCUGCAUUCAUGUGAGGCCUGGAGCUGGGUGUGUCGAGGGUCUGCUCCCUGCCGUGUACGAGGCCGCCUUGGUACACUCAGAGACGCACCACCACCGAUCAAACCAUGGCCUUCAGCCCGACCAGAGCACCUCAGCUAUCAUCUAUGUGUCGAUCGUGGUGGUGUUCUACGUGGUCAUCAUCGCUGUCCUAGUCGGCACCACGCUGCGACGUCGAGGCCUGGGUAGCGACGAGCCAGAAGACACGAAACAUCUCUUACUAUACGACGAGAAGACAGACUCCGUGACUACAACCCCUGCAGUUCCCACCUCCAAGAUUCACGAGGCUGGUCUCCUGACGGUGUGAGGCCGAGAUGAGGUGCAAAUUAACAUGAGAAAAAGGAGCAGGAGAAUGAAGCUAGGAUAACGCAGGUGCAGGAGGUGGUGGUGGUGGUGGUGGUAGUGGAGGUAGUGGUGGUGGAAGACUGGAGGAGGAGAAGGACGCAGUAACAACAUGAGAAGAUGAAGAUAAUGAACCUGUAGAAAAGAAAGGGAGGAAAAAGAAGAAGAUGGAGGAUGUGGUGAAUACGAGAGAGGAUGAGGAUGGAAAUGGAAGGAGAAGGAAGAGAGGGAAAAACGAAAAAAAAAGAUAGAAGCCUGUUAACAACAAGAGAAUCAUAAUAAUGGAAGAAAUAUGGAGAAUGAAGAUGAAUGAGACGAAGAUGAUGAUACUAGAAAGUAGCAAAAAAGAAACAAAACGAACACCUCAGUAUAAAACAUAAGACGAUGAUUCUGAGACAAAAAAAAAAAAAAGAAAACGAAAGAUGCAAAUGACGUAACAGCAGCAGAAUGAGAAGAGAAAGGUGAUGAUGUUGGUGGGAGGAAGAGGAGGAGAAAGAGGAGGAUGAGGUGAGAUACAGGAAGAUAUAAACGAUGCAAAGGAGAGUUACGUGAAAGGCGAUGGAGAGGGAGAGGGAGAGGGAGAGGAAAGAGGGAAAGAGAGAAAGAGUGGAAGAGGGUGUCUUGUCUUCCUGACCCUAAGAAAGAGACACUGUGAGACCAGAGGAGGUAAUGGAUGAGAAAAGGAGAUUCUUGAGAGACACUUGACCCCCUUACAUCAGCCUCCCUCCUCACUCCCCCCCCUCCUUACUCUCCCUCCUCUCUCUACCUCCUCCCCCAACCCCACGCUCACAUACACCGUGGGGGGACAACCGAGCCACGAUGAAAAGCCUUGAUCCUCGGAAGAUUAUCCCUUGUUUUGGUUCACCUCCUCCUGCUGCCUCCUCCUCUUCAUCUUCUUCCUUCUUCCUCCUCCUCCUCCUCCUCCUCCUCCUCCUUCAGCUCUUUCUCUCUAUGUUAUUCCUAUGGUUUGUUCUCGUCUUUUUACUUUUCAUUUGUUUGUUUUUCUCUUCUUCCUCUUUUUCUUAUUUCUACUCCUCCUUCUCCUCAUUCUCCUCAUCCUGUAUCUCUAUUCCUCCUAUCCUUCCUUCUGCUCCUCCUCCUCCUCCUCAAAUCCCCCACGUGCUUUCUCCCCCAAAAAAACUCCUGAUGCAGUUCUUCUCCCUCCUACUCUUUCUCCUCUUCUCCUCCUACUCUUCCUCCUCUCUUCUUCCUUCUUUUCCAGAGCCACCAGUACACUACACACAACCAUCUCCGCAACCACCACCAUUAUUAGCACUAUCGGAAGAAAGUUUUGCACACACACACACACACACACACACACACACACACACACACACACACACACACACACACACACACACACACAUAUACACACACUGCUAAACAAAAGAACCUCUCCAAACUCACAGCGACUUCCCCGUGCCGAGAGAGAGAGAGAGAGAGAGAGAGAGAGAGAGAGAGAGAGAGAGAGAGAGAGAGAGAGAGAGAGAGAGAGAGAGAGAGAGAGAGAGAGAGAGAGAGAGAGAGAGA